AUGGAGCCCGCCCCGAAGCACCAGCGGGGGCCCCCAGCCCUCACGGAGGCGGCCGCCGAGUUCCUCAGCCUCAUCGGGCCGGAGGAGCUGGAGCGCUGCCUGUUUGCCGAGACGCUGGAGAUGGUGGCAGCUGGGGACCAGCCGAGGGACCGGGCGGGUGGCCAGUGGUGGGUGGCAGCCCGGUGGGCGCCCUACGAGCGGGCUGGCGAGCUGGUGCGGAGCUGCCUCCUGGUGCAAGCCGGCUCCUGCAGCAGGCAGGACGGCGUGCCCUGCUCCAGCGCCCUCAAAGCCUAUGUGACCCCGCAGCUGGAGACCCUGGAGCAGGAGGAGCAGGAGCGCCUGCAGCUCAGAGCACACCCCACAGAGAGGAGGACCCACAUGGUGAGCCACCAGCAUGGGAUGACUGUCACCACGACCCUCCAGGAGGGAGAGGCAGAGCUGCAGCGCCGGACCUUCUCCUACAGCCGGGCCGAGCUGCGGGGGCUGCUGUCAGAGGGUGCCAGCCUCCUGCUGCUGCGGGUGCUGGCGUGCCAGCGGGCAGUGCCCCCCAGCCUCAUCUUCCCGGCCAUCGACACCGAGGGCCACCUCUGCACCUCCAGCUACCGUGCCCUGGGCAUCCAGCGGCAGGCGGUGGGCUCGGCAGAGGCGGAGGUGUUUGUGAUCGAGCGAGCCAUGCACACCAGCGCGGGCAUCUCCACUGUCUGGCACAGCAGCUUCCUCCCCAGCGGGCGUUUGGCCCGGCGGGUGCAGGUCGGCUGCCCGAUGCUGGUGCUUCUGCAGGAUGAGUCUGUCCUUGGCGAGACAGGUGGGGUCGAGCCCCAGCCCCUCUUCCCCAAACAGCCCCUGGACUGGGAGGAGGACAUCCAGCUCUGGUCCUGGUUCCUGGAAAGGAAGGAGGAGCUGCAAGCAUCCCACGCCGCCUACAUCCAGCAGCACCCCGAGCUCCGGGCGCUGCUGGCCGACUUCCUCCAGGCCCUGCUCCUGCAGCAGCCCCACGACCCCAUCUCCUUCGCCGCCCAAUUCUUCACCCCCUUUGCCCACCAGCAGCCCCCCGGGACCCCCUUCACCUCUGCUGGGGCUGCCAGCCCCCUCCCCAGCCCCCUGCCUCACCACUCUCCAGCUAACGGGGAAUAA